CGCAUCUGCGUUCUACAGGAUAUAAAUUGCGAACUUCUUCUUGCGAACAACAAAAUGUCGUACCGGGAUUUGAGAAACUUCACCGAAAUGAUGCGAGCCUUAGGCUACCCCAGGCUGAUAUCCAUGGAGAACUUUCGUUCUCCAAACUUCGCUUUGGUUGCUGAAGUCUUGAUGUGGCUUGUCAGGAGAUAUGACCCAAAUGUUGAAUUACCAAUGGAUGUUGAUACUGAACAGGACAGAGUAUUGUUCAUAAAGUCAGUAGCUCAGUUCAUGGCAACUAAGGCACAUAUUAAACUGAACACUAAGAAGCUGUAUGGUGCUGAUGGUUAUGCCGUCAAGGAGUUACUCAAAGUUACAUCUGUUCUGUAUAGUGCCAUGAAGACUAAUGCUGGGAAUGAGGCAGCUGAGGAGUCUAAUGUCAGUUCCCUGACGUUUGAUAUUUCCUCAAGAAUAAGUGAUUUAAAAGCAUCACGUCAGCUGGCAUCAGAGAUUACAUCAAGAGGAGCGGCACUCUAUGACUUACUGGGCAGAGAAGUGGAGUUAAGGGAACUUCGAACCAGUGCAAUAGCUAAGCCACUGGAGUUAAAUGAACUGGAAAAUGGCAUCAAGAAGAGUAUCAUUUCUGUGAAGGAUGAGAUAAAGAAGACCAAUCAAAUGUUAGACAACAUUGCAUCUGAUGAAGCUAACCUGGAAGCUAAAAUAGACAAGAAGAAACAAGAACUGGAGAGGAACCAGAAACGAUUGCGAAGCUUGGAAACUGUCAGGCCUGCAUACAUGGACGAGUAUGAAAAACUUGAAGAGGAACUCAAAAAAGUUUACGAGACAUUUAUGGAAAAGCACCGGAAUCUUUCCUAUCUGGAACAACUACUGGAGGACAUAAACAGGGCAGAACAAGACAGAUUUGAGGAGUCGGAAGCAACACUAAGGAAUAUGCAAACUGGAGACCGAGACCAAGUGCUUGGAGGUGGAGGUGAACUUGGAGAGCUGGAUGAUGAGGGUGACGAGGAAGGUGAAAUUGUUCUUGAGGCUAACAAGCCACGGCAGUCCAACAGACCUCAAGCUGCUGAAGCCGGUGGUCGAGUGUUUGGUUCCAUGGGAGGAGGAGGUCUGGACUCCGAUGAGGACGAGAGUGGUUCUCUGUCGUCAGGAGAGAGUGAUAUUGGCGUUGAGGAUGAUGACGAGGAGCUGCUAGAUGAUGACGACAUGGAUGAAGGCCGGGGUGAAGGACAGGAUGACGGAUCUCAGGCUAACAGUCUAAAUGACAGUGACAAUGACUUCUGAGAAAACACAAAGCUGUCCAUAACACUGUAAAUAAUAUAGCACUAAAUAAAGUCGUGAAACUCAAACA